AUGGUUAUUUUGAUUUUUGUAGCGGAGGAUUGGUUGAAGCCUAAUGCAGUGCUAGGAGCAUUUGAAGCUAGGGCUGCUAAGAAAUUAGUUACUUGUGCUAAAAAUCUUAGCAAGUUUACCAAUCCUGAAGAAGGUUUCCAAGAACUCUCGGUCGAUCUAGUUGAGGCAGCUGUUGCCCAUUGCCAAUUAAUUGUUGUUUCCAAAUUUAUUGAGAAGUUGCAGCAAGAUAUACCAGGGAAGGGAGUGAAACAUCAAUUAGAACUUCUUUGUAGCAUUUAUGCUUUGUCUCUUCUUCAUAAGCAUUUGGGUGAUUUUCUUUCAACUGGCUGCAUCACUCCCAAACAAGGAUCCCUUGCAAAUGAUCUGCUAAGGUCCUUGUAUUCACAGGUUCGUCCCAAUGCAAUUGGACUUGUUGAUGCGUUUAACUACACUGAUCACUUCCUUGGUUCGGUUCUUGGCCGCUAUGAUGGAGAUGUGUAUCCGAAGCUGUACGAGGAGGCAUGGAAGGAUCCAUUGAAUGAUUCAGUUGUGCCAGAUGGUUUUCAAGAAUAUAUUCGACCAAUGCUAAAGCAACAACUUCGAAAUGCUAGACUCUGA